AGGUAGGACAGGACAAGACGAACACAACUCGAGCGCAAAACUGUGGGCAGAGCGAUAGCUAAGCUUGUUAAUGAAUCUACACUGAUCAAAGGCAAAGAAACAAAAUAGAAUUUCAAUCCAGAUCCGACAAAGCUUUUCCGGCUUCACACACUCUCUAAAAYGAUGCCAAGGAUAAAGCGGCGAACACAGAGAGCAUCAGCAUCGGAAUCAGCAUCGGUGUUUUAUGUGGUCACCGGCGCGGCUAUAUGUUUGUGCAUAAUGUCAAUAAAAUCUUGUCGUGCAUUCCAACACAACGGCAAGACGUUGCAACACACACCRACAAGGAGAUUUCAAGCACCGCCAACAUCGUCGUCAUGGGUUCGACUGUACGACUCUCAUUCCGAAAACAGAGGAGCCAGUCUCUUCGAAAGUAGCAUAGAACUAGAGGAAUACCCAGCACAGGAGAAAAAUUCUCCAUUGAACGAAAUGGAGCGUCGGAAUUUUCUUCUCGCKACGGCUGCGACCAUGGCAUUCUUCCCCCUCCAAUCCGCAAAUGCGAGCGAAGGGAGCAAAAAAUCACUAGAAAACCUUCAGGUUGGUCGUGGGAGUUGGAACCCCGGUCGCCAAAYGACCGGAGAACCUGUGCCAAUAGAUGACGAAAACCUCUUGGCAAGCGCGGGAGAUACCAAUGGAGUACAGAAUGGUAAUGUUGUUGUCACAAGCGUGCCGGCUUGUUUUACUACCUACCUGACAAGAUUUCUCAUCAAUUACGACGACGGCGUCGCUGCUUGGUGGCAACAACGCAGAAUUUCCUACUCGUUGCUACCCGAUGAACAACAACAAAGCCGACUGGGACGAGACUUUGGGGGUUUAGCGGUCUCGAUACAGGAAGCGGUGSAAAUAUACCUGAAAAAGGCCAGCAGCAAUCGACAGGGAUACGAACAACUAUUUGAUCGAUUUGCUGCUACCUACGCAGAUGCAGCAAAGAACAAUGAGGACGUAAAACGGCAGCUUUGCAUGCUAGCUGCUACCCUGCCAGUUGAUCAACAGCCGAGGGACCUCAUUCGGAAAAUUAUWCCUACAGGAUUGACGAUGUCGAAAGAAGGGGACUCUGCCUCUUUAGCCGAUUUGUCUACUUUAUUGCCUCGUGAAUACAACCCCGUUUUUUCUUCUUCCGAUGGUUUCGUUUCAAUCCAACCGCCAAUAAGCCUAUACCAAGUAGGUGUGGGCGAAGAGUUUGGCCAAGCUGCUACKGCUACCACAUUUGGACCGCUGGCUCUGAAUGCACUCASAAGGGAGCUUCCUCGCUACACAUUUGACAUUUAUGCCUUGUUUGGUAUAAGCGGUGCGACCGGCUGUGCACUGACUCAUUCAGUUGUCAUUCCGCUAGACGUUGUCAAGACCCGGGCCCAGACAUCUACAGAAUCGACCAUGAAYAUCGUUACUGAAAUCGUCGAGAAAGAGGGGGUCGCGGGCCUCCUGACGGGUGCCCAAGCGACCCUUGCGGGUUAUGCGUGGUAUGGAGUCAGUGUCUAUCCCUCUUAUGCCUUUUUCAAACGGUUUUUGGCAAACACCGUUCUGACACCGGAAUUGGCUGUGGCCCACGCGAACGAUGUUGCCUUGAUUGCGGGGGCCUUGGCGGCGGUCGUCGCCAGUUUGGGUUUGACUCCUUUGGAGGCGGCACGGAUCCGAGUGGUUUCCGAACCCACUAGAUACAGAGCCAUGGGUCUGAGCGGAACUUUACAAGCAAUUGCAUCCGAAGGUGUUGCGAACGGAUCCUCUUCCUUGGGAUCACUGUACAAGGGAUUGCCUUCUCUAAUGACUCGACAGGUGAUUUUUGGAUCAGUAAAGUUUCUUGCGUUCGAGCGGGCAUGCGAAUUUAUAUACCAGACCUGGCCGAUGCUGAAAGAUGCGACCUGGACCGCACUGACUGUUAGCCUAGUGGCGGGUGCCUUUAGUGGCGCCCUCAGUUGUGUUGUAUCGCAACCUGCCGAUGCUGUCUUGACGUAUGUUGCACAAGAGAGUACAGAGAGUAACGACGGGAGUAGCAAGGGGUUGGGUGUAUUGGAAGGUAGUCGUCUCAUGAUUGAAGAAAGUGGCUUUUCCUCUCUUUUCCGUGGCCUUGGGAGCCGUUCGUUAUGGGCUGCGUCCAUUAUUUCCGGACAGUUUCUUUUGUACGAUAUUUUCCGGAAUUCGUUUGGUGUCAACAGCGAUGACCUAUCUCAAAUUUUUACAAUUGAUCUUUAGUGGAGCUAUCUCAUAUUUACUGGCAGAACGACGCAAAGUUUUUGAUAAAUUCUUACCGGCGUUGGGAACAAAGUGGCGAACAUCGAGCCGUACAGUCGCAAAAUAUGUCACCCCGACUCUCUGGGUUGGUUCUCGUUUCCAUCUUCAUUAUAAAGCAUUACACAUCAGUAUCGAAAAAGCGAUGUUCAGUUCUUUGUACCCUACCAUCGYAAGACAGAGAAUUGAUUUUUAAUUCGGUUAAAAAUGGAAUGGCACCAAGAAACCAAGCUAUCACUUUGGCUUCUGAAGCACAGAAGCGGGAUGCAAUCGCGGAAAAAAUUAUGUUUCUUAAAAAUGCGAUUGUAUUACACGUUUGUAGUAGGAAAAUAGUAUCAUUAAAAGAAAAAGAAUCAU